CACACACACACACACACACACACACAUAACACAUACAUCUUUAUUUCUAUCUCUGUCAACCAUGGGAAAUAUGUUGCAGGGCUAUGGCUUUUUUUCUUAUGCUCUACUCAUUUUUCUAUGCCUCCAUUUGGAAGGCCAAUAUUAUUCAUAUGCAAAAGGAUGUGAUUUUUUUCAAGGGAGUUGGGUUUAUGAUGUUAGCUAUCCACUCUAUGACACAUCGGGCUGCCCUUUCGUUGAGGAAGAGUUUGAUUGCCAGAAAAAUGGACGGCCAGACGAUCAGUAUCUCAAAUAUAGAUGGAAGCCUGACGCAUGUGCACUCCCAAGAUUCAAUGGGGAGGACAUGCUGAGGAGGUUAAAGGGGAAAAAAAUAAUAUUCGUAGGUGACUCUCUAAGCCUCAAUCAAUGGCAAUCGCUAACAUGUAUGUUGUAUGCUGCUGUGCCCCAAACACAUUAUACUAUAACAAGGAAAGAAGCCAUCUCCACGUUUUCGUUGCCUGAUUAUGAUGUUUCGGUUACUUUAUCUCGCAAUGCAUUUUUGGUGGACCUAGUGAAUACAGUAGUAGGCAGGGUUCUAAAGCUGGACUCCAUUGAGAACGGGGACGCAUGGAGAGGAUAUGAUAUGCUUAUCUUUAAUACUUGGCACUGGUGGCUGCAUAAAGGAAACCAACAACCAUGGGACUACAUUGAAGCAGGAGGUGAGAUACUCAAGGAUAUGGAUCGUUUAGUUGCUUUUAGGGAGGGAUUAACUACUUGGUCCAAGUGGGUGGACUAUAAUGUUGAUUUUAGCAACACCAAAGUUUUCUUUCAAGGGAUUUCUCCGACCCACUACAAUGGAAAAGAGUGGAAUGGGUCAGACUCAGCAACUUGCAAUGGACAAACUCAACCAGUAAGAGGCUCAAUAUAUCCGGGAGGUUCACCACCGGCAGCAACUGUGGUAAACCAAGUGUUGACUGCCAUGACAUCCGCAGUAAUCUUGCUUGACAUAACGUUGCUAUCGCAGUUGAGAAAAGAUGGACACCCAUCUACAUAUGGCAUCGAUGGAAAGAAAGGAAAUGAUUGUAGUCACUGGUGCCUUGCUGGUGUGCCUGAUACCUGGAACGAACUAUUCUACGCAACUCUUGUGGCUACUGAUCACUAAAGGAGGAAAUAUUCUACGCAACUCUUGUGGCUACUACUGAGCACGGAAGGCGGAGAUACGCACACAUUAAACUAAAUUGUUUUAAUUUGUUUUGAUGAUGACCAUUAUUGUUAAUAGUAGCCAUUUAAAACCUUACGAUAAUCGCGUCUGAAUGCAGAUUCUUCUGCAUGAGACUCGUUC